CAUGCUCGGCACCAGCAUCUACUACAUGCUGAAAGCCCCUAACAUCGUCUCCUGGCACCAGGCGCUGUCGGACGAGUUCUUCUACUGGCAUGCAGGGGGCACAGCCAAGGUGCACUUCCUGGACAACAAUGGCAAGCACAGUAAUGUGCUUCUUGGCGAUGCACUGAAGAACCCACAGUGUGCUUACCAGGUGCUUGUUCCCCAUGAGACGUGGUAUGCCUGUGAGCUGGUGGACCGAGAGUAUGUCUUGUACAGUGCUGCUGUCAUACCAGGUUUCGAGUUCAAGGACUGGAUCGAAGGGAAAAGGUCAGAUAUGAUUAAACAGUUUCCACAACAUGAAGACUUGAUCACCCGUCUCACUAAAUCCUGAUUCAGCUGUUUCCGCAGUGUGAAGACUUGGUCGCCCAACUCACUAGCUAAUUAACACUAACUUGAUAGCUAGUUAGUACUAACAGCCGAUUAAGAGAUGACCAGACUAUUGAACAACUAGGUUCAGUACACACUGCCGAAAGGCCUGUAUUGUGUAUGCUAUGUAUGUGUUCACUUCAGAACAAUAUGUGAUUUUGAAUAUGAUACAUGUAACAGGACUUUUUAUUAGGUCAUAUAUUUUAGAAUAUAUAUGUAUAUGUGUGUCCUUAUACUGUCAUGUUUUAUACUAUAAUAUACAUAAACUAUUUUCAGAAUAAACUAUUACAGUUAAUGUUA